AUGGGUCCAUAUGUUUCGAAAGUCUCAAACUAUGAUACGCAAAUUAUUACAUAUAAUUGGUGUGAUGCGGCUAAAUUGCUUGAACAGAUAACAGCUGUGAUCAAUGAAAAAGUUCGCAAUGGAGUUCAUAAACUUGUGAGCAUACUUGCUGUUCACAAUACCGUUAUGCCCAUUAACAUGCUACUGCUUUCACUAAUGAUUGUUGCUAUCGUUAUCUGGUGUUUAUUUCAGCAUUGUCGAAGUACAGCUGUAGAGAUAGAUGUCAUGGACGAACCAUCGGCUUAUUCGAUCGAUACUCCAGCAUCGGCUAAAAAGUCUCCAGAAAAAAAUAAAGAUGGAUAUAUAAAGUCUAAUAUCCUCGAUGACAUCGCGUCAAAUGACAUUUUUCUCUUGUUUGUGCAUGCAUUUCAAUAG